UUCGCUGAAACCAAGUGAGGAGGGGUUGUUGGUUUUAUUUUAUUUUUUAUUUCUGGUUGUCCUACUCACCGGCGACUGUGGACCUAUCCGUGUUUCUUACCAUGGCUGAGAGAACCUCCUCCGGGUUGCUAACGAUGAUGUUGGAGCCCACGCCGGCUGUCGCUAUGACCCUGCCCGCGGAGGUCCGGGAGAAGCUGGCGGAGCUGGAGCUGGAGCUCUCUGAAGGGGACAUCACUCAGAAGGGCUAUGAGAAGAAAAGAGGCAAGCUGCUUGCGCCGUACAUCCCACAGAUACAAGGUGUAGAUCCUUCUCUGCAAAUUGACAACAGGAUCCAGGCCUCUUCCCAAGCUGUUCUGUCAGGUUCCAAACACCACAAGUCCCGGGCGGCCAACACCCGGGAUGAACGCUUCAGAUCCGAUUUGCACACAGAAGCCGUCCAAGCAGCUUUGGCAAAGUACAAGGAGAGGAAGAUGCCAAUGCCCUCCAAGAGACGAUCUGUGUUAGUUCAGUCUUCUGUUGAGGCAUGCACCCCGCCAGACACCUCCUCGGCGUCAGAAGACGAGGGUUCGCUGCGCCGGCAGGGACGUCUGGCUACCUCCACGCCCUACCAGGGCCACGGCCACCCAGCCGUGGAGCACUGGUUUAACCGUGUCAUCCAGGGUUCGUCCACCUCAUCCUCCGCGUCAUCCACCUCAUCACAUCCGGGAGGGAGAUCCGUCAACACCACCAACACCACUGCCCACGCAGCCCUCAACGCCAACGCCGCAGCUACCGCACUGGCCGACCUCAUGGCACACACCCAGCUAGAUAACCACUCAGCGCCCCCCGAUGUGACGGGGCUGUUGGAGCGCUCCUCGCUUCAUGCAGAGCGGCCCCAGGUGGCCUCGGUGCGGGGCAUUUCCCGGGGCAACAACCACCACACCAGCGUCAUGGAGACCGCAGAUGGUGUUCCAGUCAACAGUCGCGUCUCCUCCAAAAUCCAGCAGCUGCUCAACACUCUGAAGAGACCAAAACGACCGCCGCUGCGAGAGUUCUUUGUCGACGACUUUGAGGAGCUUUUGGAUGUCCAGCAAUCAGAUCCCAACCAGCCGAGACCAGAAGGCCAGCUCAUGAGUCCCCUGGAAGGAGAGCCUCUGGAGGUGGUAAACAACUGGCCUCCCUCCUUACCAGCAGCCUUACAGCGAUGGGGCACCACUCAUCCCAAGAGCCCCUGUCUUACAGCACUCGACAAUGCUGGCAAGCCCGUCUACACGCUCACCUAUGGUAAACUAUGGACCAGAAGUCAGAAGCUGGCCUACACGCUUCUCAACAAGCUGAGCACCAGAAAUGAGCCUUUGCUCAUGCCAGGAGACAGAGUUGCACUGGUUUUCCCCAACAACGACCCUGUGAUGUUCAUGGUGGCCUUCUACGGAUGUAUCCUAGCAGAGUUGGUACCUGUGCCUAUCGAAGUGCCGCUGACCAGAAAGGAUGCAGGAAGUCAACAGAUCGGCUUUCUGUUAGGCAGCUGUGGCGUCACGUUGGCUCUGACCACUGAUGCUUGUCAGAAAGGCUUGCCAAAAGCACAGACAGGGGAGGUUGCCACUUUCAAAGGAUGGCCUCGGUUGCUCUGGUUUGUGACGGAUGGAAAACAUGUUGUGAAGCCUCCGAAAGACUGGCAUCCUCCAAUACGGGAAGCCAGUAAUGACAUAGCCUACAUAGAGUAUAAAACCAGCAAGGAGGGAAGCACCAUGGGGAUCACAGUGUCAAAUGCAGCUAUGCUGGCUCACUGUCACGCCCUCACACAGGCCUGCGGCUACACUGAAGCCGAGACCAUAACCAACGUCCUGGACUUCAAGAGAGAAGGAGGAUUAUGGCAUGGUGUUCUUACUAGUGUCAUGAAUCGGAUGCACGUGAUCAGCAUUCCUUACUCCCUGAUGAAAGUCAACCCACUCUCCUGGAUACAGAAGGUCCACAUAUACAAAGCGCGGGUUGCAGUGGUGAAGUCGAGGGACAUGCACUGGUCCCUGCUGGCCCAGAGAGAUCAGAGAGACAUCAGCCUGAGCUCGCUGCGCAUGCUAAUCGUAGCUGACGGAGCUAACCCAUGGUCUAUCUCCUCCUGCGACGCCUUCCUCAACGUGUUUCAGGCACGUGGGCUGCGACCUGAGGUGAUCUGUCCAUGUGCCAGCUCUUCAGAAGCCAUGACUGUCGCCAUCCGCAGACCUCCAGAAAUGGGUGUUCCUCCUCCAGGAAAGGCGGUGCUGUCUAUGGGGGGGCUGAGCCACAGUGUGAUCCGUGUGGACACAGAGGAGAAGCUCUCUGUCCUCACAGUGCAGGAUGUGGGACAGGUCAUGCCCGGAGCUCUGGUGUGUGUGGUGCGGGUGGAGGGGACACCCUAUCUCUGUCAGACUGACGAGGUGGGAGAGAUCUGCAUGAGCUCCGGCUGCACGGGCGUAGCUUACUACGGCCUGCCGGGCAUGACCAAGAACAUCUUUGAGACCAUCCCAGUUACAUCGUCUGGGAUUCCCAUCAGCGACAGACCCUUUACCAGAACGUCACUGCUGGGCUUUGUGGGGCCGGACAGCCUUGUGUUUAUUGUGGGGAAGAUGGAUGGGCUGAUGGUGGUCAGUGGGCGGAGACACAAUGCAGAUGAUGUGGUGGCCACAGCCCUGGCAGUGGAGCCCAUGAAGUUUGUGUACAGGGGAAGGUAA